AAUGAAAAUACUGAGGAUGACGUACCAAAAGAAGAAGUAGAAGAUGAUAUCACUGUAGCGACGCACUUCAUUACUAAAAAGUCAGAUGCUUUAUUAGCUACAGCGCUUGUCCUAGUGAAGGGUGAGACGGGGCAAGUGCUCACACUGCGGGCUUUGAUUGAUCAAGGUUCAGAAGCGAACUUCAUCACGGAGAGAGCCGUGCAGAUGAUGAAACUACACAAGACACCUGUCAGGGGUUCAGCCACAGGACUGGAAUCAAUGAAGACCUCGGUCAACAGUAUGGUACAGUGUGAGCUUCAGUCAAGAUUUGACACUGACUUCAACCUAAACAUCAAUGCAUUUGUCUUGUCUACUCGAGUAACCGCUGAACUUCCAUCACAAGCACUCACCAAGACUCAUCACGCUUGGCAGCAUCUUAAUGGACUCGAUCUGGCAGACCCGAACUACCAUCAACCAGGUCGAAUAGACAUGCUUCUAGGCGUUAAGGUCUAUGCACAAAUUAUAAUGAAUGGCUUAAUCAAGGGUCCUCCAGGCUCACCAUGUACACAAAAUACAAGCCUUGGAUGGAUUGUGUUCGGAGAUGCUGAAGGCAAUUCUUCAAAAAAUAUUAUUGUCAUGCAUCACAAACUGAACUUAGACCUUCUGGUAAAAAACAUGUGGGAACUGGAGUCAGCAGAAAAACCAGAACUUACAGCGGAUGAGAAACUUUGUGAAUCUAUUUAUGCAAAUACAACUACCAGAACAAAAGAAGGAAGAUAUGUAGUGAAACUCCCCACAAGAACAGAGGAAAUAAAGUCAACAGAAGGACAAACAAAGGACAUAGCACUGAGAAGAUUCAGACAACUAGAAAGAAAAUUUGAAAAGGACGAAGAAUUCAAAAAGGAAUACACCAAAGUCAUAGAAGAAUAUUCAACAUUGAAGCACAUGGAAGAAGUUCCAGACACUGAAAUAGAAGCCCCAUCAGUAUAUCUCCCACAUCAUGCUGUGAUUCGGAACGACAAGGACACAUCUAAAGUUAGAGCUGUGUUUGAUGCUUCAUCUAAAGGCAUAAACAAUAUUUCACUUAAUGAAGAGUUACUGGUGGGUCCACAGCUUCAAGAAGAUUUAAGGAACAUAAUCAUGAGAUGGCGUAUGAAGAAAAUCUGCUUCGUUGCAGACAUACAGAAAAUGUAUCGUCAAAUUAUGGUUACAAAACAAGAUGCAGAUCUGCAGCGUAUACUUUGGCGCAAAUGUGCAGCUGACCCUAUUAAAGAAUAUCGCCUGCUUCGUGUCACGUUUGGUACAGCAUCUGCACCAUACUUAGCUGUGAAAACGUUACAAAGGGUCGCAGAAGACGAAGGAAAACAUCAUCCAGUAGCUGCAAAAACGAUUAAAGAAGAUUUCUACAUGGAUGACCUCAUGUCGGGCCAAGAUAACACAGAAGACGCCGUAGAUGUAGCGAAAAAUAUAGCAAUUAUUCUGAAAAACGGAGGAUUCGAUCUGCAGAAAUGGUCGUCUAAUAGCACCAGCUUUUUAAAGCAAUUCCCACCUGAUGAGAGAAACAGUAAUGUAAACAUGGACAUCAACCUAGACGGAACUGUACGUGCACUGGGUAUCAGUUGGAACAUGGGUGAAGACAGUUUUCAGUACAAACUUGAACUACCCCAGCCGCCGAUAACUAUUACAAAGAGAAACAUACUAGCAGAAACACAAAAGUUGUUCGAUCCUUUGGGGUGGUUGGCACCAAGCAUAAUUCAAGCCAAGAUGCUUAUCCAGAAACUUUGGUUGCACCGAUCGAGUUGGGAUGAUGAAGUAGAACCUGAAAUAAAAGAAGAAUGGUUAAACAUAAGACACAAUUUUGAAAACUUAAAGGACGUCAAUAUACCAAGAUGGCUACACACAACUAAACUAAGACUAGAUAAAACUACGAUACAUGGAUUUUCUGAUGCGUCUACAAAGGCUUAUGCAGCUGUCGCUUAUUUAAGAGUAGAAACUGAAGAAGGUGAAAUCAAGACGAAUAUCAUAGCAGCUAAAGUCCGUGUAAGUCCAGUGAAGCCAGUGUCUUUGCCACGAUUAGAACUGUGUGGCGCUGCGCUGCUUGCAAAGCUGCUUAAACAAAUAAGAGAAGCCAUGAGAAUCCCGGAAAGCCAAGUGUUCGCAUGGAGUGACUCAACAAUAGUUUUGUCGUGGUUAAAGGGAGACCCUAACCGCUGGCAAACCUUCGUCAGAAAUCGCGUGGUGUCCAUUCUCGAUGAUAUUGGCGAUAAAUGGUAUCAUGUCACAUCCCAAUCGAACCCUGCGGAUAUUGCGUCACGUGGUUCCCCGUUACCAGAACUCAUCGCACAUCAUUUAUGGUGGAACGGGCCAGAAUGGCUAAAGACUCAUGACAUUCCAUUUAAUAAAUCAGACGCCACGACAGACCUGGAAAUGAAACGAACCUUUCACACCAGCUUGGAAGUACAAGAGGAAGAUAAUUAUUCAAUUAUAAGCCAGUUUGACAAUUUUGAUGAUUUACAAGAACUUGUUAAGACAGUUACAUACUGCAAACGCUUUUUAAAUUAUAAGAAGCUUACCCCGAACCCUACAUUCACAACAGAAGAGUUACAAAAUUCAUUGACGACUUGCAUUAAAUUGGUUCAACAACAAGCAUUUAAUGAUGAUAUAACUAGAUUACAAAAUAACAAAAAUGUAAGAUGUGAUAGCAAAUUGAAAUCAUUAAAUCCUUACCUGGAUGAAGUUAAUAUACUCAGGGUGGGCGGUCGUCUUAAACACGCAAAUCUGAACGAAGACAGUAAGAACCCUAUAAUUCUGGACAGUAAGAACCGACUUACCUUUUUAAUUGUGGCUGAUGCUCAUCAGAGAACGCUUCAUGGCGGACAACAGUUGAUGAUGUGUUACCUAAAAAGUAAAUACUGGAUCCUAAAAAUGAAACAAAAGGUCAGAUCAUACAUUCACAAAUGCCUGAUAUGUGCACGACAGAACGCCACUGCCAAGAAACAGUUAAUGGGAGAUCUACCUAAGGAACGGGUUACCCCAGCGCGUCCAUUUCUGAAUAGUGGCGUCGAUUUCGCAGGUCCAUAUCAGACACUUAUGUCAAAGGGGAGAGGAUUAAGAACCAUGAAAUCAUACAUAGCUAUAUUCGUAUGUAUGGUUACUAAAGCCAUACACUUGGAGCUUGUCGGAGAUUUAACCUCGGAAGCCUUUAUUGGAGCCUUCAGACGUUUUGUUGCACGAAGAGGUAGGUGUUCAAAUCUCUGGAGUGACCAAGGGAGGAACUUCAUUGGAGCAAAUAAGGCGUUGGCAGAUGCAUUUGAAGAAGCAAAGUUGGACUUUGAUGGAGAUAUAGCUACAAAGCUAGCACAAGAUGGAACUCAGUGGCAUUUUGUACCAGUAUAUAGUCCCAAUUUCGGUGGAUUGUGGGAAAGUGGAGUAAAGUCCAUGAAGUUCCAUUUAAAGAGAGUCCUUAAUUCUCAUCUUACCUUUGAGGAAUUUUCAACUCUGAUCUGCCAGGUCGAAUCGUGCCUUAACUCACGGCCUUACGUUCCCAUAGACGACGAUGAAAACGCGGAUCCUCUAACUCCAGGACACUUUUUAAUUGGAGAGGCACCGAUAACCAUACCAUCACCAACUUUCAAAGAUGUGAACACGAACGUUUUAUCUCGUUGGCAACACCUGCAAAAAAUGUUAAAUGAUUUUUGGCACAUUUGGCAACAAAAUUAUUUAUCAACGCUUCAACAAAGAAUGAAAUGGACAAAAAAGGAACCGGAAUUUGAUAUUGGCCAAAUCGUAUUAAUAAAAAACGAAAACUUACCUCCUGGAAAGUGGUUAUUAGGACGCAUUGUCGACAAACAUCCUGGAACCGACGGCCUAACGCGAGUGUACAGUGUCAAGAGCGGUGAAAAUAUUGUUAAACGUUCUAUCAGUAAACUUUGUUUCUUUCCAGUCGAUGUCUCAGAAUAGGUAGACGUUAAAUUAUAAGUAGGUACAAUAAAAAUUAACUACUGUUAUAUGUAUUUGUUUAUAACUCUCAAAAUUUUUUAUUUGUUCUGAUAAAAAACAUUUUUUUUAUUAUUAUAUUAAUUUGUAAAUUUAAAAUUAACUAGGUACUGUUAUACUUGUGUAUAACGUCCAAAAAAUUAUAUUUGUUCUGAUUAAGAACAUAUUUAUUUUUAUUAUUAUACUAAUUUGUAAAUUUCUUUCCAAUUUUGAUGUUUACGCAAACCUGGUUAAGAAAACUUAAACCUAAUGAAUGUAUUAAUGAUUAAUUGUAUUUUAAUUUUGUUGUAAAUUUUGCAUGAUUACUUGAUUUUGAAAAAGGAUAAUCAAUAUCCUUUUGGUGGGCGGUAUGUUAAAGCUGUUUUAAAAAUCUUAUAUGUAUGCAUGACCCACGCACACAUGCAUAUCGUAUUUAAUAAGUACUAUCCUAAACACACUUCAGUCUUCAAUAAAUCGUAGAACAAGCAACA